AUGCCAUGCGCAUGUGAAAGAUCGAAAGCCACGUCUCGAUGCCGCGAUUGCCUACAGUGUCCUCUCCAGUGCGAGGAGUGCGUGCGCGAUGGACACCGGCUCAAUCCACUUCACUGGGUUGAGACAUGGAACGGCCGCUACCUGGAGAAGAAGGACUUGUCUGACCUCGGGUUCGAGAUGUACCUCGGACAUGGCGGCCUCCCGUGCAAGUACGCACUAUCAGCAGCCCACCCCAUCACGUACACCAUCACGCACAGCAACGGCGUGCACCGCGUCAUCAUCCACGAAUGCCACUGUCCAAGCCGACGACCUUCAGUCUCGCAACUCCUUCGUGCCGGCCUCUUUCCCGCCACUCUUAACCGUCCAGAGAGCGCGUUCAGCUUCGACGUUCUUCGUCAAUGGGACCUCCAUUUCCUGACCUCCAAGAAGGGUGCUUACGACUACUUCAAUGCGCUCCGUCGACUCACCGACAAUUCGGGCACGCGAACGGUUAAAAAUCGAUACCGUGAGAUGAACGUCGUAGGACGUGUCUGGCAGCAUCUCACCGCGGAGAAAAGAGCCGGGCUACCUCACGGCUUAGUCCUGCCCAAUCGAGCUCCGUCCAUCACCGUGCCGUGUGUUGCCUGUCCGUGGCCAGGCUUCAACAUGCCCGCCAACUGGAAAGACACCCCAUCGGAGUUAGCAUACAUACACGCCUCCGAACUCGGAGGAGAUGGCAAUCACGGCCUGCAGAAAAAGCGCAAGCGCGACGAUCCCGAUGAUGUCAGCCUCUCUGAAGGUCAAGGAUACUUCGUUCACCCGUCGAAGAUGCAGAGCUAUCUAGAAGCGAUAGACUCUGAGCCUGCGCCGGAGACCUGUAGUGGAUUCAAAGUGGGACGAGCCCAGCGGCCUGGCAAGUUUCGAAACUUGGAGGUCAGCGGGGUAGUGGCGGUCAUCUGUAUUCGUCAUGGGUGCUUCCGUCCCGGUGCGAUGGUCGAUCUACAGAAGGGCGAACGGUAUGCGAGCUCCCACACAUACUCAUCGCUGUCUGACCGUUAA